UUGGGAGUGAGUGCGGCUGGUGCGGCUGAGUGCGGUUUAUGUGUUGUUAAAUAUCAAUAUCAAUAUUGAUAUACGUAUUUAUAUACACUGUGGAUAUACCCUGCGGUUUAUAGCCUUGGUGCGGCUGCAAAAAUAAUUCUCGAUUGUUGCUGGUAUCUUGGCCUUGUAUUGGCUAGUAUUGACGACCGACUUCUUUAGAAAUACCAUGAGUUCUGGUCGUCCCCGCCACCGGGGUGGUCGUCACGGCAACAGUCGCCAUGGUGACGGCGGCGAGCGUCGUCCGCCGGAGCCCAAGCCGGAGCCGGCCGCGGACGACACGCCCGUGACGGCCAUGUUUCGCGGCUUCGCCUCCCAGCUGGACAGCAAGCACGACCUCUACGAGCGGCUGGUCAAGAAGAGCCGUGACGUCACCAUCGAGAGCAAGCGCAUCAUCUUCAUGCUGCACAGGGUGACGAGUGAGGAGCAGGACCGGCAGGUUCUGGAGGAGGCGGCCGGACGGUUCCGUCAGCUGGAGGGCGGCACGCUGCGCCAGAUUGCCGAGGAGCUGGCCGGCCACGACCCGUACCUGUACCUGCGCGCCAUCAGCCCCGGCCUGCAGGAGUACAUUGAGGCGCUCUCCUUCUACCACUAUCUACUCAACGACCGAGUGAUCAGCUGCGCCGAGGUUCAGCAGCGCCUGACAUACCCCGGGGGCAGUGCGGAGCCGGCGUCAGGGGCCGAGCCCUCCACCACUGCCGGCGAGCCGCCGCCGCCCGCUGAGACCGCACCGGGAGAGGGCGAGGUGGGCGACCCGCUGCGGCUGCCGCUGCCCUACCACGAGUACGUGCUGGGUCUGGCCGACCUGACGGGCGAGCUGAUGCGCCGCUGUAUCAGCUCGGUGAGCUCGGGCCAGCUGGAGGAGUGCUGGCGGCUCUGUGCCCUGCUGCGCACCAUCCACGAGGGAUUCGUCAACAUCGGUAACACCGGUCCGCGCGAGAUCACGCGCAAGCUGGCCACGCUGCGGCAGAGUCUGACCAAGGUCGAGAACGCCUGCUACCAGCUGAAGGUUCGCGGGGAGGAGAUCCCACGGCACAUGCUGGCCGAUGUGUUCUCUGCCGCGGACGACUACGGCGCGCACGACGACUACGCCGCGGACUAGUCGGGCGAGUGGACCACUGGACAGUCACGGCGAGCUAGUCCGGCGGCUGCUCGGGGCCGCGGGGGACGGCCGCAGUGGGCCGCCGGCGCGGUCGGAGUGCGACUGUCAGAUUGUGCGACUGACACGGUCUGGUCUGAUCGUGCGAGUCAGCGCGAUGGCUCGAGUCUCACCGGGUGUGCGGGCAGUACACGAUCUGGGGAUGAUGGCCAUGGAGCUGUGCGAACUCUGUGUGAGGACAGAACCACUGGAAGGUGACGUGGGCCCGCCGCCGACCCCAGGGUACACUCCAGUCAUGGCCGUAUUCACAAUCACGGCACCUGGCCUGCGUGGUGCCGUCUGCGUGUCGCCGGGCGACCAUCAGGGGUAAACUUCGAUUGUGAACACGGACACAAAAAUAACCCGUUACCCGUUACUCCUACCCCUACCCUUAACCCGUGAUUGUGAAUACUGCCACAGAGGCGGCUCCAUUGCACUGCGGCCCACCAGGAGAGGCGGAAGAACUCUCACCCUUGCUUCUGGUAUCAGAAGCGGACGACUGUGAUGCUUCUUCUACAUUCUGUGCUUUGAUAGCAACGUGUGCGAUGUUAUUUCGGUGUUUGUGCUGUAGCCCAGUUUUCUAUUUAGUGUUGUUGAGUGGGGUUUUGACAAAUAUAAUUUCUUUGGGUUUUUAUAA